AUGUCCAGCACCGGUGUCUCUGGCAGCACCUUCGGCCUCGCCGAGCGGUCAGUCAAUCAGUUUGCUGAGAAGACUACUCUGGCUUGCCUCAUCGCCAUAGCCUGGUACAAUGCCAUCGAAUUGAUCGUCCUCUGCUUCACUACCUUCAAGCGCUAUGGCGGGUGCUACUUCUGGUGUCUGCUCAUCGCUUCCUUCAGCAUCAUCCCCUUUGGUCUGGGAUACCUCCUCAUCAUAUACGACAUCUAUACGAAUCUUUUCCCCGUCGCUAUGGAACUCAUUGCCUGGGUGGGCAUGGUGACUGGCCAGUCCCUAGUCCUCUGGUCCCGACUACACCUCGUCGUACAUAGUCCCCGUGUUCUCCGUGCUUGUCUCGCCAUGAUUAUCAUCGACGCUAUCCUCUUCCAUAUCCCGGCUUCCGUCCUCGAGCUCGGUAGCCACUCCAACAAGUCGGCACUCUUCACCCCGGCCUUUAAUAUCUUCGAGCGCAUCCAACUAGUCGCCUUCUCGCUGCAAGAGGCAAUCCUCUCCGCUAUAUACUCGUGGGAAGCUGUGCGAUUAUUGAACCUUCGCCCACGCGGCCACUACCGAGGUACACUGCUGCAGCUGUUGAUCGUCAAUCUGGCCAUGAUCCUCAUGGACGCCGCCAUUAUCGGCGUCCAGUACUCGGGAUUCUUCGACAUCCACGUCACCCUCAAAGCCCUGGUAUACAGUAUCAAGCUCAAACUAGAAUACGCCAUCCUAGGCAAACUCGUCCACUUUACCGAGAUGAGCCACAGCACCAACUCGGCGCCAACCGACCUGUCAGAUUUCGUGGACCUCUCCUUCCACCAGAACAACCAACGACCGGCGGAUAGCGACAGCCAGGCACGAUUCCUUGGCACGCCGGACAUGAGUUUUGACGCGCGAGCGCGAACGUCGUCGAAACAAUCCUCUAAUGACCCGAGGAUAUCCGAUAUAUCGGCCACGGGCAGUUCGAGUAACGAAAUACCGUGA